AAAGGGCGAAAACGCGACGUGAGGACCGCAGUUGUGCCGCAUCAAGCCAAAUUCGUGAUGUGACGCCGUCGCGGAAACGGUAAAACGUAAUCUAGCGUCUUCUAGCGACAAAUCAAGGAGCCAAUAGCUGUAAUCACUGAAAACCAGUCCGCAACACUGCACGGUGUCAACGUGCUUUUCAUGGUUGGAUCGCGUAGUAAACAGAGGCAGAGGUCCGAGUGGAGCUCAUUACUACUGAAGAAAUCUAUGCACAUUUCACAAGGAAUCGCUGUUCGUUGACUGAAGCUUUACCAAAGAGAAAAUAAUAUGCAUACGUUUAGAUGAUGCUGCUGCUUUGCAAAUCUAGGACAACGUGAUCUCGAGGAACAAUAAAUCAUCUAUUUUUUAUCCAUGGUGUUUGCAAGUUGUAAAGCGAUGGAUGGUAUCGGGAACACAAUGCAGAAGAAGGCUGCGGAGCUCGAGCGCAUGGCCGAGGUUCUCGUCACCGGAGAGCAGUUGAGGCUGCGUCUCCAUGAAGGGAAGGUGGUUAAGGACCGCAGGCAUCACCUGAGGACGUAUCCCAACUGCUUUGUGGCCAAGGAGCUGAUCGACUGGCUGCUGGAGCACAAGGAGGCGUCAGACAGAGACACGGCCAUCAAGAUCAUGCAGAAACUCCUGGAUCAAAGCAUCAUCCAUCACGUUUGUGACGAGCACAAGGAGUUCAAAGACAUGAAACUGUUCUAUCGCUUCAGGAAAGAUGACGGGACGUUUCCGUUGGACAACGAAGCCAAGGUCUUCAUGAGGGGACAACGGAUAUAUGAAAAGCUGAUGAUGAACACGGAGACGUCCAUCCUAGCGACUCGGGAAGAAGAGGGUGAGACGUUUGAACGGACGCUGGUGGCCUCUGAGCUCGUUGAUUGGCUGCUGGCGGAGGGAGAGAUGGCGACCCGAGAGGAGGCGGAGCAUCUUGGACGGAGGCUUCUAGAACACGGGAUCAUGCAGCAUGUGACCAACAAGCACCACUUUGUGGAUGGAGGGCUGCUGUACCAGUUCAGACUGAACUUCCGAAGGAGACGACGUCUGAUGGAGCUGCUGAACGAGCGCUGUCGUACCAUCCCAGAGAGCCAUGACAGCCCCUUCUGUCUCCGCAAACAGAACCCAGAGGGAAGCAACACCAGCUUCCUAUCUGUGAGUCCUACUAAAGAGAUCAAGAUGAUAGUGGGUAUUCGUCGUAGCAGCAUGAGCAGCAGCUGUGGCAGCAGUGGUUACUAUAGCAGCAGUCCCACCCUCAGUAGCAGCCCCCCGGUGCUCUGUAACCCAAAGUCAGUGUUGAAGAGACAAGUGAGUCCUGAGGAGCUGCAGACCCCAGGAGGCCCUUACAUAAAGAAGACAUUCACAAUCGUGGGGGAUGCGGUGGGCUGGGGCUUCGUGGUGCGAGGCAGUAAGCCCUGCCACAUCCAGGCUGUCGACCCCAGUGGUCCCGCAGCUGCAGCUGGGAUGAAGGUGUGUCAGUUUGUGGUCUCGGUCAACGGGCUAAACGUGCUGUCUCUGGACUACAGGACAGUCAGUAACCUCAUCCUGACCGGGCCCAGGACCGUUGUCAUGGAAGUCAUGGAGGAAGCAGAUUACUGAAGAGGCAGGCUAUCACGUGGCAGGGGGCGUGGCUGAGCAGAGUAGACCCAAGGCAGACUCUAAAGACACCAUAGAGAUAGACGUGCCCUUAUGGAACUCAAUGGGAAACUCUCUCUGGGCUUCUAACUCUAUGGGGAACUCUCUCUGGGCUUCUAACUCUAUGGGAAACUCUCUCUGGGCUUCUAACUCUAUGGGAAACUCUCUCUGGGCUUCUAACUCUCUGGGAAACUCUCUCUGGGCUUCUAACUCUAUGGGAAACUCUCUCUGGGCUUCUAACUCUAUGGGAAACUCUCUCUCUGGGCUUCUAACUCUCUGGGAAACUCUCUAUAGGCUUCUAACUCUCUGGGAAACUCUCUAUAGGCUUCUAACUCUAUGGGAAACUCUCUCUGGGCUUCUAACUCUCUGGGAAACUCUCUCUCUGGGCUUCUAACUCUAUGGGAAACUAUCUCUCUGGGCUUCUAACUCUCUGGGAAACUCUCUCUGGGCUUCUAACUCUGGGAAACUCUCUCUGGGCUUCUAACUCUAUGGGAAACUCUCUCUGGGCUUCUAACUCUAUGGGAAACUCUCUCUCUGGGCUUCUAACUCUAUGGGAAACUCUCUCUGGGCUUCUAACUCUAUGGGAAACUAUCUCUCUGGGCUUCUAACUCUCUGGGAAACUCUCUCUGGGCUUCUAACUCUAUGGGAAACUCUCUCUGGGCGUCUAACUCUAUGGGAAACUCUCUCUGGGCUUCUAACUCUCUGGGAAACUCUCUCUGGGCUUCUAACUCUAUGGGAAACUCUCUCUGGGCUUCUAACUCUAUGGGAAACUCUCUCUGGGCUUCUAACUCUAUGGGAAACUCUCUCUCUGGGCUUCUAACUCUAUGGGAAACUCUCUCUGGGCUUCUAACUCUAUGGGAAACUAUCUCUCUGGGCUUCUAACUCUCUGGGAAACUCUCUCUGGGCUUCUAACUCUAUGGGAAACUCUCUCUGGGCGUCUAACUCUAUGGGAAACUCUCUCUGGGCUUAUAACUCUAUGGGAAACUCUCUAUAGGCUUAUAACUCUAUGGGAAACUAUCUAUAGGCUUCUAACUCUAUGGGGAACUCUCUCUGGGCUUCUAACUCUAUGGGGAACUCUCUCUGGGCUUCUAACUCUAUGGAAACUCUCUCUCUGGGCUUCUAACUCUAUGGGAAACUCUCUCUCUGGGCUUCUAACUCUAUGGGAAACUCUCUCUGGGCUUCUAACUCUAUGGGAAACUCUCUCUCUGGGCUUCUAACUCUCUGGGAAACUCUCUAUAGGCUUCUAACUCUCUGGGAAACUCUCUAUAGGCUUCUAACUCUAUGGGAAACUCUCUCUGGGCUUCUAACUCUCUGGGAAACUCUCUCUCUGGGCUUCUAACUCUAUGGGAAACUAUCUCUCUGGGCUUCUAACUCUCUGGGAAACUCUCUCUGGGCUUCUAACUCUAUGGGAAACUCUCUCUGGGCUUCUAACUCUAUGGGAAACUCUCUCUGGGCUUCUAACUCUAUGGGAAACUCUCUCUCUGGGCUUCUAACUCUAUGGGAAACUCUCUCUGGGCUUCUAACUCUAUGGGAAACUCUCUCUGGGCUUCUAACUCUCUGGGAAACUCUCUCUGGGCUUCUAACUCUAUGGGAAACUCUCUCUGGGCUUCUAACUCUAUGGGAAACUCUCUCUGGGCUUAUAACUCUAUGGGAAACUCUCUAUAGGCUUAUAACUCUAUGGGAAACUAUCUCUGGGCUUCUAACUCUAUGGGGAACUCUCUCUGGGCUUCUAACUCUAUGGGGAACUCUCUCUGGGCUUCUAACUCUAUGGAAACUCUCUCUCUGGGCUUCUAACUCUAUGGGAAACUCUCUCUCUGGGCUUCUAACUCUAUGGGAAACUCUCUCUCUGGGCUUCUAACUCUAUGGGAAACUCUCUCUCUGGGCUUCUAACUCUAUGGGAAACUCUCUCUCUGGGCUUCUAACUCUAUGGGAAACUCUCUCUCUGGGCUUCUAACUCUAUGGGAAACUCUCUCUGGGCUUCUAACUCUAUGGGAAACUCUCUAUAGGCUUCUAACUCUAUGGGAAACUCUCUCUGGUCUUCUAACUCUCUGGGAAACUCUCUCUGGGCUUCUAACUCACUGGGAAACUCUCUCUGUGCUUCUAACUCUAUGGGAAACUCUCUAUAGGCUUCUAACUCUAUGGGAAACUCUCUCUGGGCUUCUAACUCUAUGGGAAACUCUCUCUGGGCUUCUAACUCUAUGGGAAACUCUCUCUGGGCUUCUAACUCUAUGGGAAACUCUCUCUCUGGGCUUCUAACUCUAUGGGAAACUCUCUCUCUGGGCUUUUAACUCUAUGGGAAACUCUCUCUCUCUGGGCUUUUAACUCUAUGGGAAACUCUCUCUCUCUGGGCUUCUAACUCUAUGGGAAACUCUCUCUCUCUGGCCUUCUAACUCUAUGGGAAACUCUCUCUCUGGGCUUCUAACUCUAUGGGAAACUCUCUCUCUGGGCUUUUAACUCUAUGGGAAACUCUCUCUCUCUGGGCUUCUAACUCUAUGGGAAACUCUCUCUCUCUGGGCUUCUAACUCUAUGGGAAACUCUCUCUCUCUGGGCUUCUAACUCUAUGGGAAACUCUCUCUCUCUGGCCUUCUAACUCUAUGGGAAACUCUCUCUCUCUGGGCUUCUAACUCUAUGGGAAACUCUCUCUCUCUGGCCUUCUAACUCUAUGGGAAACUCUCUCUCUCUGGGCUUCUAACUCUAUGGGAAACUCUCUCUCUGGGCUUCUAACUCUAUGGGAAACUCUCUCUCUGGGCUUCUAACUCUAUGGGAAACUCUCUCUCUGGGCUUCUAACUCUAUGGGAAACUCUCUCUCUGGGCUUCUAACUCUAUGGGAAACUCUCUCUCUCUGGGCUUCUAAGGAAAGACUCAGUCAAGCUCUGCCAGCCACCACCCACGUCUCUUUCCUAUUGGACGCUGCUUCCCUCUGAUGGCCUCCAAUAAAACUGCUUGGAGAAGAGAGAGGGACAUUAGUUACUCUGUUAGAUACACACAUCUUGUCAUUGGUCUCCUGUCUCAUCUGUCUAGUUGAUGUUGAGACAUCACAUGGACCCUGAUAACAUAACAGCCCCCUGCUCCAUGAUUAGGGGACUGUGCCCUGCUGCCCCCUUCUGGUUUCUCACUGUCUCCUGUGGUCUGUGUUUUCUUUAUGUAUUGAUGGUACUACCUACCCAUGUGUGAAGCUGUUUGGGGAGAGACAGUUCUGGACCUGUCUAGAUCUGUCUGUCUUUCUCUAUCCCGGGACGAGAUGUGGUGAAGUUGAAGACAGGCCUGAAAGAGACAGGCAGCAUAUCAUUCGGGACAGGCCUGAAGGAGACAGACAGCAUAUCAUUCGUGACAGGCCUGAAGGAGACAGACAGCAUAUAAUUCGUGACAGGCCUGAAGGAGGCAGGCGGCAUAUCAUUCGGGACAGGCGGCAUAUCAUUCGGGACAGGCCUGAAGGAGACAGGCGGCAUAUCAUUCGGGACAGGCGGCAUAUCAUUCGGGACAGGCGGCAUAUCAUUCGGGACAGGCGGCAUAUCAUUCGGGACAGGCCUGAAGGAGACAGGCGGCAUAUCAUUCGGGACAGGCCUGAAGGGGAGAGAGACGGCAUAUCAAUCAGGACAGGCCUGAAGGAGACAGACAGCAUAUCAUUCGGGACAGGCCUGAAGGAGACAGACAGCAUAUCAUUCGGGACAGGCCUGAAGGAGACAGACAGCAUAUCAUUCGGGACAGGCCUGAAGGAGACAGACAGCAUAUCAUUCAGGACAGGGCUGAAGGAGACAGAUAGCAUAUCAUUCAGGACAGGGCUGAAGGAGACAGAUGGCAUAUCAUUCAGGACAGGGCUGAAGGAGACAGAUAGCAUAUCAUUCAGGACAGGGCUGAAGGAGACAGAUAGCAUAUCAUUCGGGACAGGAGUGUGAUGCAUUGACAAGUGACUGGUCAAUCCUCUGGGCCACAUGAUGCAAACCACGUCCAACUAAUCCAGAGCUGUUUGGACGUGUGACACAAAUACCAGCCUGGUUCCACUGUGCCGUUGACUAGAGAUCACUCACUAUACAUUGUGGUAGUUGUGUGAAGUUGGCCUUAGUUUAACCAAGCAAACAGGGUUGUAAAUAAUGUUCAUGUUUAUGGAGAACUAAUUGUUGUCGAUGAUGUGUCUUUUCCCUGUACACUUAGGGCGAGUUUCCCGGACAACAAAUCCUGGACUAAAAAGUCUAAAUCAAUGGAUAAGAUUAUUCUUUGUUCGGGAAACCGUCCCUUGAAGACAAAGUAGGUAGCUACUAGCUAGUUAAUGAGGUAACACUUGACUGGAUGGUUCUACUGUCUGUAGGCCUGAAUAUCAUGGUUAUAAUUACCACAUAAAGGAUAUGACUCAGUAUGUAGACCAAAAGGUUGCGCCUGUAACAACUACCUUCACUCUGUCAUGACACAACCAACCAUUACCCAUCAGGCCCCUCUCCCAGACAUGCAUUUUGCCUCACCUUGGACUAGAAAGCAAGCUGAAGGGAGAAUCUCUGUUGAAAGAGCUUUUUGGUCCAGGGAAUCUGCUCAUGGUGAUAUAAAUGGGGUGGUUUGUAUAGUUUUCUAAGAUUUAUAACGUGUAAUGACCGUGAUGAGUCUUUAGCACCGGCGUUGAGGCCUAUGACGACACCCACCUGUUACCAAUAAGCCGAAUGUGGAUGUCGUAUAUCCACUAUAGUCCCUAGUCUUUCAGAAGUGGCAUGUUCCACACUACCGUCAAUUCUAUAAUAUAUGGAUAGGUUAACAUAUAUUUAAUGUAGAUCUGUGUAUGGAUUUAGACAGACUAAGGCACUUUAAAAAAAAUGAAAAUAACUGUUUGCAUCAGUUUGUUUUCUAGUUAAAAUGUCAGAAAAUGGAUAGUGUGUUAAGACGUCACUAUGCUGUAUCAUCCUGAAACAUAAACGCAUUAAGAAUGAUCAACCCUUUCUAUUUGCCAUCAGACCCGAUCUACUUGUAUUUAAGAAGGAGAAAAGGGGGUUUAUUUCGGGUAGCUAGCUGUGAAUUUAAAGUAGAAGAACUAUUGAUGGCACGAGAGAAACAAUCUAUGGCAGUAUUUAAUAACAGAGUCAUCUGUAGCUCAGUGUGCCAGGGUCAACUGUGGUCUUAUGACAUCACUUCCUGGUCAGAUGAAGUAGCCUAGGUUCAUUGUAAGAUUUAAUAAUAAUAAUAAUAAAGAAUAGCAGUACAAGCUCUGUUCAUGGUCACCUUUCUUCGAUAUGCAGUGUUGUUGUUUACCAUAAUUUCAAGCCUCAAAUCACAGGUUUGAUUUUAGUUGUUUUUGGAAAACGACAGUCACUUUUUGACAAGCUAGGAUUCUGUCUCUUUCUAUAAUGUGCUUAAAUGUGUAAAGCGACAAAAUGCAUCAUACACUUACAUAGGUUCUUGAAUGUAGUGCUGGCUAACGAUCCAGGGUUCUUUUUUCAGGACUGAUAUAUCAUUGGUUAAGCUCUCACUAAGAACAUUAGACAUCAGUGAUUGGGUGAAUGGCUGCUCUCACUAAGAACAUUAGACAUCAGUGAUUGGGUGAAUGGCUGCUCUCACUAAGAACAUUAGACAUCAGUGAUUGGGUGAAUGGCUGCUCUCACUAUGAACAUUAGGCAUCAGUGAUUGGGUGAAUGGCUGCUCUCACUAUGAACAUUAGACAUUAGUGAUUGGGUGAAUGGCUGCUCUCACUAUGAACCUUAGGCAUCAGUGAUUGGGUGAAUGGCUGCUCUCACUAAGAACAUUAGACAUCAGUGAUUGGGUGAAUGGCUGCUCUCACUAAGAACAUUAGACAUCAGUGAUUGGGUGAAUGGCUGCUCUCACUAUGAACAUUAGGCAUCAGUGAUUGGGUGAAUGGCUGCUCUCACUAUGAACAUUAGACAUUAGUGAUUGGGUGAAUGGCUGCUCUCACUAUGAACAUUAGGCAUCAGUGAUUGGGUCAAUGGCUGCUCUCACUAUGAACAUUAGACAUCAGUGAUUGGGUGAAUGGCUGCUCUCACCAUGAACCUUAGACAUCAGUGAUUGGGUGAAUGGCUGCUCUCACUAUGAACCUUAGACAUCGGUGAUUGGGUGAAUGGCUGCUCUCACUAUGAACAUUAGGCAUCAGUGAUUGGGUGAAUGGCUGCUCUCACUAUGAACCUUAGACAUCAGUGAUUGGGUGAAUGGCUGCUCUCACUAUGAACCUUAGACAUCAGUGAUUGGGUGAAUGGCUGCUCUCACUAUGAACAUUAGACAUCAGUGAUUGGGUGAAUGGCUGCUCUCACUAUGAACAUUAGGCAUCAGUGAUUGGGUGAAUGGCUGCUCUCACUAAGAACAUUAGACAUCAGUGAUUGGGUGAAUGGCUGCUCUCACUAUGAACCUUAGACAUCAGUGAUUGGGUGAAUGGCUGCUCUCACUAUGAACAUUAGACAUCAGUGAUUGGGUGACCCACUGCAAUGCAUGAGGUUUUCGUGGUAUGUUUGUUUUUUACACAUUUCUACUCCACCACCUAGUUUCACUUUAGUCCUGUAAUGAAUGAUUGGUUCUGCCAUACUAGGAAAGGCUUGUGUUGUUUGGUAAAGCAAGAACUUAGAGUCAUUUUAAUACUUCAGCUGUUUUUGGUUCCACUUUACUGACAGCAUCCAGGUUAAAACGCAUGAUAAGGUGUUAUUAGCAUGAGCCUUUUAUAAUGUCUUAUCAGGCUUAUAAAAAUGCUUAUCCUGUAUUAAUACCUGUGUGUUUUAAACAGACACAAUGACCAGAAAGAACUGGAAAUCCAGUCACUAUUGGGACUUCUUUAAUGUGCCAUGUUAUAAAUGUUGAAACAUUUGCCUUAAUAACUUUGUGUUUUUGCUGCGUGUCUUCUUUUUAGUUGGUGAUCAUUUUUAAUAUUUGAAUAUCUUCUCCUUAAUUAAAGGGUUCACUAUGCAAUCCUCUUCCUGAUCGGUCUUACUAUAUUAACCUUCUGCUGCUUAUUUUACAGACGGGACAUCUUUUUUCUCUCUUCUUGACAAUCAGUGUUUUCUUGAUACAGAAGGUCUGUGUUUCCAAAUGGUAGUGCACUACUUUGGACCAGGGCCCAGUGGGUUGGGGGGGGGGGGGGUAAUAUCACUAUAUAGGGAAUAGAAUGCCAUUUGGGACGCUACAGAGAUCUGAACAGCACAAUGACCUGACGGCAGUACGGAUAGAGAUACAUCACAAUGACCUGACGGCAGUACGGAUAGAGAUACAACACAAUGACCUGACGGCAGUACGGAUAGAGAUACAACACAAUGACCUGACGGCAGUACGGAUAGAGAUACAACACAAUGACUUGACGGCAGUACGGAUAGAGAUACAACACAAUGACCUGACGGCAGUACGGAUAGAGAUACAACACAAUGACCUGACGGCAGUACGGAUAGAGAUACAACACAAUGACCUGACGGCAGUACGGAUAGAGAUACAACCUGCCACGUACUCUCUGCUUCAUAGAAGGUUUUACUAAUGGUAAUGAAUCUAUGACUUUUUGAUUAAAAAAUAAAAAAAUAUUUUUAAAAUUUGUUUAUUUUUACCAAUCAGUCAGCAGCUCAUUUUAAAAGGAUUCAUUCAUCUACAGAUCAUUAUGUUCAUGAAAUAAUCUAUGUACAUUAAAUGAUCUAGAUUACACUCUGGGCUCACGAACUGACUAUAUAAAGGCUUUGAUAGCAGUUUGUGUACAUACAUUUUAUAAAAUACAUUGUGUGGAUGAAUGAAUGUCAGGACAAUGAAAAUAUAUAAGCUCACGUCUGGCAUCACGUCUGGCAUCACGUCUGGCAUCACGUCUGGCAUCACGUCUGGCAUCACGUCUGGCAUCACGUCUGUGUUGUGCAAUGCAGCUAAAGGCAUAAAGUUCAUAUGUAAAGUUCAUAUGUAAAGUUCAUAUGUAAAGUUCAUAUGUAAAGUUCAUAUGUAAAGUUCAUAUGUGUUUUAAUAAACAUACUGGUUUGGUUCAA